GACCGUGCCAGCAGCAAGACCUGGAGGCAACAAACGAGCACUUCCAGCUGGACCAGGAGGUAGAGGACCUCUUCGGCGACAUCUUCGAGGAUGCGCAGUGCACUCCAACGGCGCCAGGUGCGACGGCUCGGACAUCACGUGCAGUAGCUGUGGGCACUCCGAACGCCUCCGAGUGCCGCGAGGGGGCGGAGGUCGUCUACGGCUUGCAUGGCGACAAGGCGGAGGGGCCUGUCGAAAACGACCUGACGGUUGGCGAGGAUGUCCUGGCCGAUGGGACGCUGGGCGACGCUCCGCUACGUGGAG